AAGUAAACAAAACAAAAACGAUAAAAACUUGUUUUCAUUCUACUGUCGAAACUCAGUAAAGUUUUUACGAAACGAGAAUGUGUAAAGCGCAAUAAAUCUAAAACAUCGCCAACGAAAAUUUGCCAACAAAGCCCACCGUAAAACCAGUCUUGAGUUACUGUACCGCCGGAGUACUAUGGCCAUAUUUUUGUACCAACAAAAAGAGAACGUGAAAAUUGAAUCCUCCCGCGAGUGCCGCUACUUCUCGACGCUGGUUCGCUAUUCUGACCGUGAACUAGGUGGCAACUAUUGAUCCCCCAUCAAGCGAUUAGAAAAUCAAGAAUACGGUCGUAACCGGCUUUUUCCAUGGACUCAACCGGGGACACAGGUAAAGAAGACGACGAUGAGAGUUCGUCGAAUGUGCAGUCUGCUCUUGAAGAUUUUCGCGAGAAAUGGCAACAGGAGCUUGCUGGGGGAGGAAGCAGCUCGCAAAAGAAUCUGCCCCCUCCAUGCAGUACCUUGAUUGAUAAGGAAGUUGUUUCUGUCGAACAGCAGGCAAAAACUCUGUUCCUGCAAGGGUCGGAACUAGAGCGCACCGGUAAGGUCUUUGAAGCUAUGCGCCUUUAUCGAAGAGCUGUGCAACUUGUACCAGACAUUGAAUUCAAGGUGUAUGACAAAAAAGUUCCCAACAGACAGCUGGAUCGAGGUAAUGAAGCGACUCUUCCAUCAGGCCCCACAAUAGAUCAUUCGACGACCAGUAUAAUUGAGUCAAGUUUGAGAGAUGUUGAGAAUCUUGAUGAAGUUGAUUUAGUUAUGCGUUUCCAAACAAUGUUGGCAAAAUCAGGAAAGUUGUUUGAGAGUGCCUCGGCCGCUGACAGGAUGCUGAUCGCGACAUCUGCUCACUUUUCGGACCUACCAAUGGAACUCGUUCUAUAUAUCCUUCGUUGGGUUGUAUCCAAUGAGCUGGAUCUUAGGUCUUUGGAGCGUUUCAGUAAGGUUUGUCGCGGAUUCUAUCUGCUAGCCAGAGAUCCCGAAAUAUGGAAAAGAGCCUGUAUCAGGGUGUACGGGGUCAACGUUGGAAAUCUAAAAGGUUCUCCGUUCUCAUCCUGGCGCGAAAUGUAUAUCAACCGGCCUCGGGUUCAUUUCCAUGGGUGCUACAUAAGUCGCACCAGUUAUUUGCGAUUGGGAGAAAAUAGUUUUCAGGAUCAAUUCUAUCGUCCGGUGCAAUUGGUAGAGUAUUUUAGGUAUUUUCGCUUUUUCGCCGAUGGAAGAGUCUUAAUGUUGACCAGUCCUGAAGAGCCGCAGAGCUGUGUUACCAAGUUAAAACCUCGUUAUCCCGCGCAGAACGAAAUUUUGAAGGGUCAUUACAGAUUACACAACGAUGUAGUUAUUGUUGCUGUACAGCGAAAUCGACCCAGUGGACAAAAUCAACGACCCGGGCGUAAGAAAGAAAUCGAAUCGGAAUACGGCGAGCAAACCUUCUAUCUGGAGCUUCAGGUUGUUAGUACGUCAAAACGAGCUUUUUCGCAGCUGCACUGGAGACAGUACUCUAUGGUACAACUUCGCAACAGUCAAGAGAAAACAACUACGUUUGAACUAGCACCAACAAAGUAUCCUCCGCUAUAUUUUUCACGCGUCAAGAGCUACCACCAGGAAUCGGACGGCCCACUUAAGUAGGGAACUGAUUGAGUGUCGCAUGCAUGCGGAUAGUUCUUUGUGCUUGCAAAUAUUUUAUUGUUACUUUGCUAUGUGCACAAUUGCAUACACACUUUAUGCUUAAAAUAUAUGAACAAGUAAUAAAAUAUAUUCUUUCGUUUCAAA